GAAAUUUGUUAAAAUGUUAGUGUGACGUUGGGAAAAAAAAAUUACUCCUUUAGUUUGUGAUGCUCUCCUGUCUUUCUUUAAACUUGAAAUGUAAUCUUCCUUAAAAAAGCCCAAAAAUUGAUUUUUAGUUUUUAGUGAAGUUCUGUUGUGAUGUAAUAGGCAAGCACAGUGCACAUUAUUUACCCUGUAGUUCCACUUCUUGGCCGAUUGCCCAAGUCUUGUAAUUAUGUAAGAAAUAAUACAUAGUGCAUGGUGCUCAAUUACAAGGUAUUUAUGAACACUUACCCUCUUAAUCAUGAAACCAAAGGCUAAGUGGCGUUGGCACUAAAGAAUCUAAUAUAAAUUUUAUAGUAGUUUUUUUAAGAUAGAGGGGAGGAAGCCCUUUCUGCAUCACAAAACUCUUUCUGCAUCUUUCCUUUUUGUAUAGUAAUUCAUGACCUGGUCUGGUUCCAAAUAAUGACUUCUUUUUCCCAGUGUGAAUGCAUUUAGUAAUGAUUAAUUCUCUCCCUUUUUGUGCUCUUGCCACUAUCAUAUCUUGAAAUAAUAUUCUUGACGCAGCAUCUUCCCAGAAGAAAUGGCUGAAUGUAUUAGAAUGAUCUCUGAGUAUUCUUGAACCGUACUCAUGUGGCAUUUCCAUGGCACAUGUAGUAAAUAGUAUAAAGGUAAAUGAACUUCACCAUGAAUACAGAAUGUUUCUUUCAUGAGCUGGCAGCUGUGAGACUGUUGCUCUAUGAUAAGGAGCUUCAGGCUGGAGCUUAAAAGUAUUGUUUAAGAUGUCUUUGAUAAGAAGGCAGUUCCUUUCACUGUAACUAUUCCUUUGUUUUUCUUUCAUUCUUCUUCAAUAGCAAUGGAAAAAUAUUGUGGAAUAAAUAUUCUUUAAAAUUGCCACUUGAUUAUGUAUCCUUUUGCUUUUGUAGCAUCAUAAUGGUUGGGAUGACAUGUACUUCCUGCGAAGCAAUAAUGAUGUAAGAUCUUAUAAUAUUCUAAAAAUGGAGUGGGGAGGAGAAUAUUCUUUUGAUUCUUCCAAUUUAGACUGUUUGUUAAAUGUCCUCCCUGGAGAAUUGGAAUUUCAACAAGUCCUUAGUGAUCUUGAUGAAAAAAUAAAGAAGAACUCUUCCAGCAUAGAAAAGUGUCUUAAGGACCUACAAUCAGACGUAAAUGAAAUCUGUACUGACGAAGUACUACAAAGCACAACUGACUGCAUUCAGUGGCUAAAUAACUGCAAUUUUAGUUCUCUCCGACCUUUUUCUACAGACCAUGGAGAGCUGCUGGAGUUCCUUAAGACCUUGCAAAGCUUGCUGAAGAAUGAGAAAAAUCAAGAAGAAAUGGUACUUCACUUCCUUCUGGAUCUCUCUAGUCAGUGUGGUGUCUCAUUUCCCUGUACGGCAAGCGGGACGUCUUUUGAGUUAACAUCUUCCCUUCAUACCAUUCAAGAUGAUUCAACUGUGGAUAUGAAAUCUCUUUGGGAUGAUGUGAGAUUGCAUCUUCGACAAUUUUUAGUAAACAGACUGCAAAGUCAAGAAGAAAUAAACACUAAUGCUUUGCAACAGCAAAUGGAGUUUAAAACUCAGUGUGUACAGCAACUUUUGUUUCUUUAUCCCAAAUCAGAAGUCUUAUUGAAGUAUCAAAAUAUGCAGAAUAAACUGGUUAGUGAUCUUCUACAGAACUGUAUUUUGUCUAGUUGUGGUGAAACAAAUUUUGAUAAGGUGGUUCAUGGUUACCAAAGUUCUAUACCCAGAUUGUGCGCAAUGAUAAAAGAGGAUUUGUAUAUACUAAGUGGAACUCUUGGUCCAUCUUCAUCAUUAAAGUUUAUUAAUGAAACUUACCUGGAUACCAUCACUGAAGAAAUGACUGUUCUUCUUGAAAGACUUUGUGAGCUGCAGUUCAAAGAAAAUGCCCUACACAUAGUUAAAGCAAACAAGAUUUCAAAGAAGCAUAGAGGAGCAGUUCACACUGUGGGAACUGAAAUAUGGAGGAAUAUUGGAACAUGUGAAAGACAAGAAAAAGGCAUGCAAACAACGUCCCAGGAAUACCACAGGAAAGGACGGAACUUCUGCUUAACCUUGUAUCAACUCAAAUGUCUUUCUCAACUUAUCAAACUCUUUUUAUUAAUGGAGGAAAAAAUUGAAGAACUCUCUACAGAAAUUCUGCUGCUGCCUUCAUUUACAGAGAGGAAUAAGAAUGUUCAAGGAGUUCUGAAGAGAGCUAGUGGGGAGCUUUUAAUAGGAGAAACCAGAGCAAAUGAAACCAGCGUGCUUCCUGAACAGUUACUUCAGGUAGAAGAGCCUAUUUUACUGAGUUUUGGUUGGAGAAAUGCAUUUAAAGACCUGUCUUCUUCUGUGGCUCACUGUAUAACAAUAGCAAUUGAGGAUUUUUCAUCUAAAAUUCUUCAACAUGAGCAGAAAGAAGAGUUUUCAGCUGCGGGCUGUGCAAUGAGUCUUGUAAACAACCAGCAAAUGAGGGAGUCCUGCAGAGCAGUCCAACAGGAGGAGCAACCAAAACGAAUUGCUAAGUUUUGUUCUGACAUCAUGGAAGAACUCGACACAUUGCUUCCAUUAGCUCUGGCCUGCAGAGAUGAUUCUCUUCAGGAAAUUAGAACAAACUUUGUAGAGGCCUGCAGCAAAGUGGCAACAGCUGUUUUGGCAAGACUAGAGGAGAAAAGCAAAGACGUUCCCUUGAAGGCUCCCUUGCAAGACCUGUAUGCUGCCCUUUCCACAGCGAUAUAUGUCUUUCAGCAUUUUACAGUGUAUAGCAACUUAAUGAGAGAAACAAGCAAAAAACCACUGUUCCUAGUGCCUGUCCAAAAAUAUCAGGAAUUUAUCAACAUUCUCCAGUUUCAAGUUACGAACUACUGCAUCAGAGUUUGUGCUACAAGCAUUUUACAGGAUGCUGAGAGCCACUACUGGGAUGACUACAAAGCUUUUUACGAGGGGGAAAGAUGUUCAUUCUCUGUCCAGAUGUGGCAUUACUUCUGCUGUGCUCUUCAUCAUGAUCUAUGGACUAUUCUACCUCCAAAGACAGCCCAGGAGAUUCUUACAGAUGUACUAGAGCAAUCUUUGGACAUUCUGUCCUCCAGAUAUUGUCAGGUGUGUCCGAGUUACAAAAGAACACCACAAAUCAGAAUUGAUAUUGCAGCAAUUUUGAUGUCCACUGAAGAUAUGCUCUGGUCAAUUUGUAGUUCUGUGCAGGAGUUUCUAAAUCCACACAAAGACAGAGAUCUGAAGAUCUAUAAAAUACAUAGCCACUGCAAUAGUCUGAUCUCUGUGCUGGCUAUUUUAACUUCACCCCUGAAGAAUUUGUAUGAGACAUUUCUGGAUAAUUCUGAUGAACAUCUUCCUCGAGAUUUUUCUGAAGUCUUUUAUCAUCCAUUACAUUGGUUAUUUUGCGUACCAUCAUCCUGUUUUUUCCUUCUGAAGACUCCAUCCACCAGAGAAAUGGCAGUCCAAGGUCUGCUGAAGCUGCUCUUAUCCCAGCCAUGCUGUAAUUUGAACUUGCUUUUGGAAACAUUGCUACACCAUGAUUGUCUCUUACUGAAAAUUUUGCUGAGAAGCUCAAGAAAGGAAGCAUUAAACUAUGAUGAACAAAGUUCUCUCUUGGAACAGGAAAAUAACAAACAGCCUACUCUGAUUGAAACUAUCUUCACAGUAUUGUCUUACUGCACUUUGUCACCCAAAUCUCUUGGCAUUGCUUUUGAGUCCUACAUGGAAAAAGAGCUGCUCUGGAACUGCUUAUACAAUAUGACAGUUUCCAGUUGUGGUGAGUCGGAGCCAGAAGUGAUCAGAUGCUUGAAGUUGACUUUGAUUAAUUCAGUCAAGGGUAUAGUGAAACAGAUAAUUUCUUUGAUGCAUUCAUGGGAGGCAACAGAAAACUAUGGAACAUACCAGCACAAGCAAAUAGUUCCUGAAAGUUUACUGAAAACUGUUCCAAAGGAAUGGAAUUAUACUCCUCGGGAAAUGAAGAGAAAAGAAUCUGGGAAAUGCUUCACAAGGCUUGCAGCUCAAGCAGUAUCUAUUGUAAUCAGCAAGUUACCUACAGUGAUUGCAUGUUUGCCUCCCCCAAUUAAAUACUUCUUUUUCCUGGCUGAGAGAAAAAUGUCAAGAAACUUUGCUGAAUUGAAGAAAGCUGGUCUCCUUGUCUGGAACUUAAUUGUAAUUAUAUGUCGAAUAUUUGAGGAUGGAAAUACUGCAGAAUUUUUAACAGGUGCAACACUUGACAGAUGGAGCAAAGAAAAACUCAGUUUAGUUCGUGUGUGCUUGGAAAGUAUUAUGGGAAAACAGAAAAGUGGUCCUAAGCAAGUGACCCAGAAGAUUAUACAAAGCAUUGAACAGAAAAGACCAAACUGGAUUGAAAGCCAGUUGCUGAAGGCAAGAAAAUUGAGCAUAGACUGUGCCUCAGUCACAGUUAAAGGUGCAACGUUAGAGGAAGGAAGUAUUGGACUUGAAUUCACUGAACGUAAUAUAAGCAUGAUGGUCCUGGAUAUCUGCCACAAACCAGGUGGUAGCGAGUACCUGAGGCAAAUUUAUCACAUCAUCCGGCUCAAUGAGGAAUAUUUGAAAGAGCAGCUGUCUUGUGAGAAUUCUUCUGAAGAUGGUGUUAUCUUGAGUCAAUGCCUGCCUUUGACGCUGAAAGGCAGAGAAGAGCAGCCUGUCUUCAACCCAUUCCAAGUGUACAGAAAAUCUUGUGCAAAAGUAUUCAAUCAGUCAGCCAUUACUGAAUGGAACUGGGAUUGGUCAAGCUUGCUGCCAGGUUAUUUGGGACUGAAUCAGACGGUCUUCAGGGUGCUGCUGACACACAGGUGGGAGAUGCAAGAAGAUGCAGAUCUUGAAGAUGAGGAGGAUAGUAUGGUGGAACAUUUAAAAAAUGUUUAUUUGAUACAAAGGACUCCUAUCUCAGAGGAUAAAGAAGAACAAUUACCUUGACAGACUUCGGGUAGCACCUUUCUUCUGGAUUCAACAAGAUUAACUUCUUGUCAUAAAUCACAGGACUAGAAAGCUCAGAAAUAUGUAUCUUGAGUAGUAGUUGUAAACUAAAGAGUUCUCCUAUUAUUCUCUGGGUACCCCAUCCAGGAAGGAAUUGUUCACACAUGCAUAAGGUGAGGAACAGGAAAGUGUCAGUGUCACAAAACAAUGAGAUUGUAUCUCAGCACUGCAGAGGCAUAAACCUGAAUGACAGACUGAAUUGUUUCUAAAAUACAAAACUCACUCUGAAAAUAAUGCAACUUUAGACACAGGCUAAGCAAAUGUUCCUGGUUUCCAUCCACCACUUCAGAGUUGCUGUCAGCCUGACCCCAGUUCAUGUCACUCAAGGACCUUGUCUCUCCUUUGGUGCUUGUUUAUUAAAUCACCCAAAAUACAUGAAAAGGGACAGGUAUAGACCAUCCACCUUCAGUCCUUUUUGAACUGCUCCACGAUAAGUCUGCUUGGCCAUUAUUCCCAAUCAAAAAUGCAUCAGCAUUUCUGCCCUCACAAAUCCUUAACAUCCAAUGUAUUUAAUGGCAGAAAAAACACACUAUAGAGACAUUUUAGAAGUUUUGAGAAGCAUCUUUUUAUUUAGAAGAAUUAUUUGCAAUCAGUGCUCAGAGGAUUAUCUUAACAGUGAAUUGAGAAAAUAGUAAAUAAUACUUAUUUAUAAAUGUAGUAUAAUUUAAUAUUCAAAAUAAUCCUGGUUUGAUAUUCAA